AUGGCAGCCCAGGAUAGUUCGGCCGCCUCGUACCUGAGCCGACUCUCUCCCUGGCCUCGAAUUCCGGUCGUGCAGCCCGGCCAGGCACCCGAUGUCGAGCCGUCGCAGCAGCCUCUGCCGAAGCCGCAGAAGCCUGUUGUCGUCGACCAUGUUGUCAAUCACAGGCACCGCAGUAGUGUGAGGAAGUACCCGCGUGACUGCCCUCCUCUGCGGCCCAUGUGGUUUCAUGCUGUCGAUUCGCCCAAGCGAAGACCCAAUCCUGCUGGGAAGAUGAAGAAGGAGCCGAAGCCUCUGCCUGCGCCGAAGAAGUACACGCCUUUCUCCGUCCGAGAUUCGAAAGCGAUUGAAGCUGCGUAUAGGAAGCUUGCAGAGGAACGAGGGAGUGAAGAGAUACAAGAGAAAGAGGGUUCGCACGGCGACGUUCGAGUGCCGGUGAACGAGGACUAUCUGUUCGAUGUGGACGUGGAACAAAGAGAGCUGGGACCUGCCUACUGGCUUGGCCCGGUGUACGAUGUGCGACGAGGGACGUGGUUCAUUCAAGACGGCAGCAUACAGAAGCCCUGCGAUGAGAAUCUGGCCGAGCAGCUGGAAGACGGAUAUCUCAAGGUCAAGGCAUGGCGCCUGCCAACUAUUCAAACCCCGUCGAAAGCCCGGUCUAGCUCUCAACCGCGUUCACGCCCUACUUCAUGGACAUCUGGUUUGCUUCCUCCGGGCACCCAGCCUCCCACCUCAGAUCCAAUAGCACCGAAGGGCUCAAGUCCGGAUCUGAGGAAGCAGGCGGUUGAGCAUGCUCAGCAGCCUAUCCAUCUCGGCGAAGGCCUUUCUACGGAGGAAGACACGCCACUAAACACCUAUCGCUUAUUUGGCGCACACAUGAACUCGAUAGUAACAUAUCAAGACGCCACGACCGCUUGGCUUCUCUCCGAUGACUUCAUGUCCAGGAUGAACUUUACCAUGUACGAACGCUUCGCCGGUGGUGGGCAUUUCGGGGGCGUCAGGUUGACGCGUGGCUACGCUGAUGCAUCGAAGAAGCCUGAAGCCAAAGAUGGCAAGCUUGCAGAAGCAAAUCCAAACCCAAUGUUGGACUCGCAACGAGCUUCCACAGAAGACGAACUCAUGGCGAGCAAAGACUCGCAGGAGCAGCCGACUGCAGGGGAAACACGGCGGCAGCGUUUAGAGCGCCAUAUGUCUUCCUUGCUAGAGGACACUUCAAGUGAAGAUCGUGAAAAGCAAGAAGAAGAAGUGCGUAAGCGAGAUGAGCGCGAGAUGGAGGAGGACUACCGCGAGCAGGCAGGAGAGGAGCAAGGCCGAGAGAUUGAACAUCUUAUCCUCGUCACGCAUGGUAUUGGCCAGCGACUUGGCCUGCGCCUCGAGAGCGUCAAUUUCGUGCACGAUGUCAACACCUUUCGCAAGACCAUCAAGGCUGUGUACGCCGACUCGCCCGACCUUCGAGCACUGAAUGCCGAGCUGGACAAGGCGGAUGUGGUCAACUCUCGGAUCCAAGUUCUUCCUAUCUGUUGGCGUCACCUACUUGAUUUUCCCAAGCAAAGCCUAAAACACAACCGUGGAGAGCACGAUCUGGCGGACACGGAAUUUGAUGACGAUCAAUAUCCGAGUCUGGAGGACAUCACGGUGGAAGGGGUGCCAGCUGUGCGCAACCUAAUCACCGACCUUGCCCUCGACAUCCUACUUUAUCAGUCUCCGGCCUACAAGGACUACAUCUCGCGCAUCGUCUUGCGCGAGUGCAAUCGCAUCUAUCAUUUAUUCAUGGAUCGCAACCCGGACUUCAAGGGCAAGAUCAGUCUUGUUGGACACUCUCUAGGAUCCGCCAUCAUGUUCGACUUGCUUUGCCAGCAACAGAAGCAGCCCCAUCAGUCUAGGAGACAGAAGAAAGAGCAUGGCCAGGAAGGCUUUCAUUUUGAGGUCGAGGACUUUUACGCACUCGGCUCACCCAUUGGACUCUUUCAAAUGCUCAAAGGCGGUACAAUAGCGGCCAGAGAGUCCGCAGACCGACGAAGCCGAGCAUACACCACGAGCAUGGACGAUCCGAUGCUGGGCGCCGCAGCGCUUCCUAAUAAGAAAAUGCAUACUCCGCCCGACAUCCCAACCAGCCACCUUGCCCUCUCGAGCCCGAAGUGCGGCCAGAUCUUCAACAUCUUCCAUCCUACCGAUCCCAUCUCGUACCGCAUCGAGCCGCUCAUCUCCCCAUCCAUGUCAUCACUCAAACCUCAGCCGCUGCCCUACACCAAGCGUGGUAUUUUUGGCGCUCCAAUGGGCCAGGGUCUCACGGGCAUCGGGGCUCGCGUGACGCAGAGCGUGUCAAGUAUGUGGACUAAUGUGGCUUCCAACCUGUUGACCCGUGGCCUUGGAUAUCCGGGCGGCGAACAGGCGGCGGCGAAUGCUCCACAGAGUGCGAAAAGUAGCGGUCCACUGGCCAUGUCAACUGAUGCGAAUGCGAAGUCGACCAAUACUCCAAAAGCAUCUUUGCCGGCCGAAGGCGCGCAUAUCGAGAUGGAUCGCAGGCAAGCCGACGACCCAUCCGCUACCGGCGAAAGUGGACAGCAUCCACCCACUCUUAUCGACGCAGAGCUGGAGACACUGUACGCCGGCUUCCAAACGCGCCGCAAAUCCGGGCAGAGCGACGCAUCCAGCCGGGACUUUGGCGCGGGCCUUGAAUGGCAGGGAGCGGAAGAACGCGCCCGGCGACUGCGGAGAGAAGAGGAGAAGGUGCGCAGGCUGAAUAGUAAUGGUCGCGUGGACUAUGCGAUCCAAGAGGGGGUGUUCGACAUCAAUUUGAUUGCGGCGAUUGCCAGUCAUCUGACUUAUUGGAGCGAUGAGGACGUCAACCAUUUCAUCAUCUCGCAGCUGUUAAGUCGAUCGAGGGUCGUGAGGCCA